AUGUAUUUACUUUCUUUUUUUGAGGGCUUACAUGAUUAUGAAGAAUUCGUGCAACUCUGUGCCCUACGCUGUAUAUGUCAAUUAUGCAAGCAAGAUUUGUUGGAAAAGUCCGCGACAUUUGAGAUGCUCACCGAUGUUAUGCCGUUUUUAGCACAUCCUAACGAAUAUCUGCGGAUGACAACUGUAAAUAUUCUAAGUGUGCUGGAUACGAAAUACGGUGUUGCUGAUAUGCUCUGUAAAGUGAUGCCAAAUUUGGAACCGUAUACCACCGAACCAUUGAUUCGACUGAGGCACAAGUUUGCUGUUGCCGCAAUACUGAAGCCAUGCAUCCCGCGCCCAAUCUGGACUUUUGUUGUCGAUCAUUCUCCUGUGAAAGCGCUGCUCAAUUUCCUCACCGACAAGCAAAUGUAUAUAGCAAUGGAUGGUGGCCCAGAUUCGAUGUUCGCCACUAGUAGGAGACUUCAUCCUGUUUCCCCGCAACUGGAAUCGUGCUUGAAACGUCUGGAGAACUUGGGCAUUGAUCACAAUAUUGAGGAUAAAUUAACACGAUUCGAAAAUAUCAUAACCAAAAUGCAUGAUUUUCGUACCAGCCUGGGUGCUGCUUAUGCCAGUGAAAACAAUGGUACCAUCGAUCUGAUUGGAUCGAAAGUGAAAUUACGAAAAUUUGACCUAAGUAAUGGUCAAAAAGCGACAUGCGUAAAGGCGACCACUACGGAUAAUAAGGUUAUUUUUGAAUGGAAGAAUAUUUUUGGCAAUGGUACAGCAUUAACGCCAAAUUUUGCUGGUUUCUCGGAGUUGCCGGAAGCGCGAGACACGCUGGAAUGCGUACUGUCCACGUCGGGAUUCUCGAGUCUUGGAAUCGAUCGCACGUUUGCU